ACGAACAUAAAGAAAAAUUACAAAAAAAGCUCAAAGAAUUUGAUCAAAAAAUCGAAGAAUACUUAAACGGAAAUCUAAUAAACAAAAAAACUCCCAUACAAGAAACAAAAAGAGUCUAUAACCUUAAGAAAAAAGAAUUUAGAGAACAAAUCUUCAACUACAUUGAAGAAGAAGAAGUAAAUCCAGAAAACUUAACUGACGAAGAAAUAACAACAUACUUAGUAUACUCAUUAGUAAUAGCAAAUAAAUCAAAAGUUAAAGCAAGCUUAGAAACAUUUCAAGAAAAUCAUUCAACGUUAGAAAUUGGUUAA